AUGUCAAACUUGAGCAGAAAGUUGCUGAUUUGUAUCUAUUUGCCUCUGGGAUAUUUUGAUUUGAAAAUUCAAGAUAAAACUGUUUCUUAUAUCGCAAAAGAAGCACAAAACCGGGUGAAUGCCACUUUUCUAAACGAAGAGUACAAUGUGACUUUGCCCAAAGAGGAGAAUACGGGUACACUGAAUUGGAGUCCGGCACAGCAAUCCUGGCUUUUCUCUGCCUCCUCGUAUGGCUCACUUGUGGCCACGAUUUUGGCUGGAUAUGUGUCAGAUCGGUUUAGGCCGAAGAUUGUGAUUACGUUGGCCGUUCUCGGAAUGUCAAUUAUGACAAGUCUAGCUCCUCUUCUUGCCGGUAUUCACUAUUGGGCUUUCUUCUUUGGGAGAACGAUUCAAGGAAUCUCUGGAGGUUUUCUCUUUCCGGCUGGGUGUGCUCUGGCAAGUCGAUGGUUUCCGAUGAAUGAGAAGUCAACUUUGGCAGCGAUUUAUGGAAGUGGUAGUGGGCUAGGCGGUUCUCUUGUUCCGAUGGUUGUCGCUUUCCUCUGCACUUCCUCCAUGGGCUGGUCUGCUGUUUUUUACCCUUUUGGCGUUGCUGGUUUUGUUUAUGUAGGCAUUUGGGUCUUUUUCGUUUCCAACAAUCCAUCAAAUAAUUAUUUCACAAGUGACAAGGAGAAGGAGUUUCUGGCGAAAGAGAUAGAUUUCACUGGAAACCACGAUCGGAAACAUCUUGAUGAGGGAGCCACAAAUUUCCCAUGGCUUCGUCUCUUCCUUUCUCCCGUUCUCCUCGCCAACUAUGCUUGUCAAUUCUCUUUCCAAUUCACUCAAACAGUGAUGCAACUAUUCCUCCCAAUGUUUUUCCGAGAUCACUUAGGUUUCUCAAUCAAAGAGAAUGGAUAUUACACAACUCUUCCAUUUGUUCUCAACGUUGUCAUGGGUUUUGUAUGGGGACUUGUAGCUGAUUUUAUGAAGAAUAAGAAGAUUUUAUCUCCGAAGACUUGCGGCAAAGUUUGCCAGACAAUUGAUUGUUUCGGGACAGCUUUUGCAAUGAUGAUGCUCUAUUUCUUGCCAACUGUCGAGACUCCCGGUCGAGCUUUACCAUUUUUGAUUAUUUAUGGACUCUGUUUCCCAGCCGGUGUAGGCGGUUACUUUACCUCUUUGUUAUCGAUUUGUCCUCGAUACUCGGGAACGGUUAUGUCAAUAAAUAGGGGCUGGGGUAUGGCGUCUCAUUUGGGCACUCCGAUGUUGAUGACCUUCUUGAGUCAUUUGGGUUUGUCUUCAAAAUAUUUGAUUCUGUUUGGAUUGGCGUCUUUUCUUCAAGUUUUUGCCGGAGUGCUCUUUUUGAUUUUUGGAGAUUUGGAAAUUCAAGAGUGGGCAAAGCACGUGCCGAGUUCAAACCAAAUCAGUGUGGAAAUUGGUGAAAACGGGGAAACGGUGGAGAAAUCAACGAGA